AUGACAAGACUCACUGAAGUCGCCGAUUACGAUGACGGUGAAACAUCUGGGAAUGUACCAAGUCCACAGUCCAACGCUGGAAAUACUAAUAACUACUAUGGCAGACAACUUCGGACAAGUCAUCUCAGAGUCUGGCCACUGAAAGACUCGGACCGUCAUGUGAGCACGCAUACUCACCGACCGGCUGUUCAGCUUGUCCGCUUUGAUGAAGCGCCCCUCCCUUCUCUGCUCCCGGCCUAUCUGCCAAACUCCUCGGGGUGGCUUCUUCCUCCAACCUCCGGGAGUGCCGGACAGUUGCAUGACAGGCCAACCCGCGUCUUUGGCGCUUGCCUCCCAGGCUCCCAUCUUGCCGGCUUCCCCUUGACCCUUGGCGAUGCACCGGGUCUUUUUUAUCAAGACCCUUCUGUCUCAUUCAUUUCUUUGUCUCUCUGCCAUCCCAAAGGGCACGCAAACAUCUUUUCGUUGCCAUUUGACACAGUGGAGAUUUUUUUUCUUCCAAAACACAAACACGACCUCAUGCUCUUUUCUCUCAGGUCCAUGUGUCGAUCAUUUGGAAGGCCGAAAAGGUGUCCAGAAUUGUCACUUUGCUCCGAUGCCCACCUGCUGGAAGCGACUUGGCUAGAUGGCCUGCAAGAUAAGCAGAAUGUCUGGAUCUUUCUGCUUCAGCGACCGACCUGCCAUCUUGAGUUUACGCCAUUCAGAAUGAAGAUAAAGCUUGCAGGAUCCACAAAGUAA